GGGGGCGCGGCACGACCUCUCCGCAUGCGCAGUGCGCGCCGUGUCAGCUGCGGAGCUAGAGGCCUGCGCCGCUUUCCCGUCUGGCUCCGGCGGACCUGGUGCUGGCGGCGGCCUCCCGUCUCUACGCGACCCGACACGGGCGGCCGUGGCUCGCGGCCCGCAGCAAGAGCCGGUGACGGAACGCGGGGCCGAGCGGGAGGCGGCCGGUUCCGAGGAGGUUCAGAAGUGUGUCACACAGCGCUGUCAGGAAGAUGAAGACUGAGUGAAUGUAUACGCACGUGUAAAGCGCUUCAAACAGAUGUGUGGAGUGUGUGAGGAAGAGGCUAUCUGUGUCAUUAUGUGCGCGUCGGUCAAGUACAAUAUUCGGGGUCCCGCCCUCAUCCCAAGGAUGAAGACCAAGCACCGGUUCUACUAUGUCACCCUCUUCUCCAUCGUCCUCCUGGGCCUCAUUGCCACAGGCGUCUUUCAGUUCUGGCCCCACUCCAUCGAGUCCUCCAGCGACGGGGGUGUGGAGAAACGCAGCAUCCGGGAAGUGCCGGUGGUCAGGCUGCCAGCUGCCAGCCCCAUCCCGGAGCGCGGGGAUCUCAGCUGCAGAAUGCACACGUGUUUCGAUGUCUACCGCUGUGGCUUCAACCCAAAGAACAAAAUCAAGGUGUACAUCUAUCCCCUGAAAAAGUACGUGGAUGACGCGGGUGUCCCAGUGAGCAGCACCAUCUCCCGGGAGUACAACGAACUGCUGACGGCUAUCUCAGACAGUGACUACUACACGGAUGACAUCAGCCGGGCCUGUCUGUUUGUCCCCUCCAUCGACGUGCUGAACCAGAACCCCCUUCGCAUCAAGGAGACGGCACAGGCUCUGGCCCAGCUUUCCAGGUGGGAUCGAGGAACAAAUCACCUGCUGUUCAACAUGUUGCCUGGAGGUCCUCCAGACUACAACACUGCCCUGGAUGUCCCCAGAGACAGGGCGCUGUUGGCUGGUGGCGGCUUUUCUACCUGGACUUACCGGCAGGGCUAUGACGUCAGCAUUCCUGUCUUCAGCCCACUGUCAACUGAGGUGGCUCUCCCAGAGAAAGCACCCGGUCCGCGGCGGUACUUCCUGUUGUCCUCUCAGAUGGCCAUCCAUCCUGAGUACAGAGAGGAACUAGAAGCCCUCCAGGCCAAACACGGAGAGUCAGUGUUGGUCCUAGACAAGUGCACCAAUCUCUCGGAGGGCGUCCUUUCUGUCCGCAAGCGCUGCCACCAGCACCAGGCCUUCGACUACCCGCAGGUGCUGCAGGAGGCUACUUUUUGUGUGGUCCUUCGAGGAGCACGGCUGGGGCAGGCAGUGCUGAGUGACGUGUUGCAGGCUGGCUGUGUCCCGGUUGUCAUCGCAGACUCCUAUGUUCUGCCUUUCUCCGAAGUUCUGGACUGGAAGAGGGCAUCUGUGGUGGUCCCAGAGGAAAAGAUGUCAGACAUGUACAGCAUUCUGCAGAAUAUCCCACAGAGGCAGAUCGAAGAGAUGCAGAGACAGGCACGAUGGUUCUGGGAAGCAUACUUCCAGUCCAUUAAAGCCAUUGCCCUGGCCACCCUGCAGAUCAUCAAUGACAGGAUCUAUCCAUAUGCAGCCAUCUCCUAUGAAGAGUGGAAUGACCCUCCCAGUGUGAAGUGGACCAGUGUGAGCAACCCUCUCUUCCUCCCGCUGAUCCCGCCACAGUCACAAGGCUUCACUGCCAUAGUCCUCACCUAUGACCGUGUGGAGAGCCUCUUCCGGGUCAUCACCGAGGUGUCCAAGGUGCCCAGUCUGUCCAAGCUGCUGGUGGUCUGGAACAAUCAGAAUAAAAAUCCUCCAGAAGAAUCUCUCUGGCCCAAAAUCCGUGUUCCCUUGAAAGUUGUGAGGACUGCAGAAAACAAGCUGAGUAAUCGAUUCUUCCCUUAUGAUGAAAUUGAGACGGAGGCCGUCCUGGCCAUCGAUGAUGACAUCAUCAUGCUGACCUCUGAUGAGCUGCAGUUUGGUUAUGAGGUCUGGCGGGAAUUUCCUGACCGGCUGGUGGGCUACCCAGGCCGCCUGCAUCUCUGGGACCAUGAGAUGAACAAGUGGAAGUAUGAGUCUGAGUGGACCAAUGAAGUAUCCAUGGUGCUCACGGGUGCAGCUUUCUAUCACAAGUAUUUUAAUUACCUGUAUACCUACAAAAUGCCUGGGGACAUCAAGAACUGGGUGGAUGCUCACAUGAACUGUGAAGACAUUGCCAUGAAUUUCCUGGUGGCCAAUGUCACAGGGAAAGCUGUCAUCAAGGUAACCCCAAGAAAGAAGUUCAAGUGUCCUGAGUGCACGGCCAUCGACGGGCUCUCACUAGACCAGACUCACAUGGUAGAGAGGUCAGAGUGCAUCAAUAAGUUUGCUUCUGUCUUCGGGACCAUGCCCCUCAAGGUGGUGGAACACCGAGCUGACCCAGUGCUCUACAAAGACGACUUCCCUGAGAAACUGAAGAGCUUCCCCAACAUUGGCAGCUUAUGAAGCUUGCCACGAUCCAGGGCUGAGGAGGAGCCCAGCUAGGCCCUGCAGCACUCACUGUGGGGUAGAGGAGGCCAGCCUGGGUCAGACUUCCCCAAACACACUGGAGCCUCCGGAGCUGUGACGCUUGCUUUGUCUCCCAUCUCCAGUGGACUCUCUGGAAAUGCCAAAGGAAGCGAGUCUCAGGGACUAGCUGCAGUUUUGAGCCCAGCGUAUCUCUUGGCUUGCAGACCCAGUUUACCAGCUCACUGGCCCUACAGCUGCCUUAGAGGAGGGGGAUGUGAUGGCCACACACAGUUUUAGAUCCAGGAGUCACAGCAAAGGCAUGCAGUCAUUUCACAUCAGCGGACUCUGGAGGAACCGCCAAGUCUAAAACAUGCUGCAGAUCCCAAUACCUCUGGGGGUUAGAACGGUGCUUGGACCUGGGUAUGUAGCAGAAGAACUCGGGCUGCCAAGAUGUGUUCUGACAGUCCCUGAACAACUCUUUGUUUUGGCUUUUUUUUUUUCAGAGCUGAGGUCCGAA